AUGAGUGUGGGCUUUGAUUCUUCAUCUGAUGAAGAAGAACCACUUUUUAACAUGGAGGAUGUCGAACGUCGUACGUUCGACAAAGAUAAGGAUCUUCCAUUGUGGAAACGUUUCCUAAACACUUUGAAAAAACUCGGAGAAGACAGAAACAGUCUCAAAUCUACAAUUUGCUACUGCGGUGUGUUCAUGGUCUUUGGAAUGUCAGACGAGAUACUGGGCCCUACAUUACUGGAGCUUAAAUGCCUGACCGGGAAGUCUAUAACUGUUAUGAGCGUGCUGUUUUUUGUGCAUGAUUUGUGUAACGUCUUCGGAUCAACUUCUGGUGGUUAUCUAGUUGAUCGGUAAGUAGCGAAUUUUUUUUUUCUUUUGUUGUACAACCGAGCUUUGUCAAGGAAGACAAAGAGUUGGUAAGAGAGACUUCAAAAAAUUAUGGGAAUCACUGAGGACCAGUGGGUCGUCGAAGAAGGAAAAUCAAGAAAGAAAAUAGUUUGACAUUACACUCCGCAAAAAUCACACAUACACAUAAAAAAAUUCGUUCAAGAGCUUGACAAUGACAGUAUUUAUUAGCAUGUACUUUAGUCACUACCAAUCAAAGUCCCUGACAGUUAGUUACGUCUUGCUAAAGCUAACUGCAUCAAGUGCAUACAAAAACGAUAAGUGGCAUUUUGAUCAAAGUUCCAACUAAUCUCGAUGCCUAUGAGUUCUUAUCUUUUGUGCGUCAAAUUAUUCUGGGACGCGAUGAGUAAAGGUUCUUCCAAAUUAAGUGUAGUUAAAGUAUUCUGGCUACAGAAAAAAAAAUUACCUAAAUGUAGUUGUUUAGAAAUUGUGCUUGUCGUAUAUUUAACCCAGCACGAACUUAUCAGUUUUCAAAUGAAAAUGAACUCGAAUUGGAAUAGGAAUGUCAAAAUUUUGUGUUAAGAUUAAAACUGAAGUAGCUUCCUUUCCUCGUAAAAAUUGCAAUAUCUAAUCUAUCUUUAUGGCUAAAAUUUGUAUUUGUAGUUUUUGAAAUCACGGUGCCUAACUGAUUUUGCCAAGACAAAAUAAAUCAACGAUCUUUCCCCACAGGUUUAUCUGCGUGAAUUUGAUUUACCCUAAGUUUUUUUUUCAAUGCUUUCCAAAAAUAGAAUAUUAGUUACAAUGAACAGUUGAAUAUAUAGAAAACGGAGUGUUGUCAGAUAUAACGCAUAAAUAAGAUUUACGACAUCGCUUCGUUUUCUUUUCACCGUUAAUGAAACAAGGAAAUUUGCUCGGAUGAACUUUAUUUAAAAAUAAAGAAUCACUGCUAUGAAAAUUUUCACUCGGAAUAAACACUUAAUAAUUAACAAUUUGAAACAAGGUUUUCUUUUCUUUGUGUGAAAAUAUAAUGAGGCAGCGAUAUAGCGGGAGAAAGCUAAUGGGAAAAUGUAUAAAAAUUAUCGUCUUUUCUCCCCAAUAUCACCUAGUCAAACCGCACAGCUAAUUUGAAAAUUUUCUUCGCACAAAAUCGUCUAUAUUUUCCUUUAAUUAGGGGGAAAAGAAAAACCAGCGUUGGGAUCAAGUCUUUUUUCCCAAAAAAUUAUUUAUCUUAAUUAAAAAUUAAUGAUUUACGGAACUGCAUACUACAUUAGGAACAAAAGCUACAUUGUACGACGAAAAAUAAUUUUCACUUGCUAAACCUCAAUGGCAAACAAACUAAUAUAACAAAUUUUCGGGAAAUUGUUGAAUUUUUUCUCAAUUUUCUAAGCAAAUUUCUCAGUUACAUAAUGGCUUCCGUUUGACGUAGUUUCAUUGCCAUCUGAACACGUCUAGUGACCUGCGCAUUAAGUAGCAAACGUGUUGAGAAUUGUCUCACCAAAGGAACGCUACUGAAUAGCACUUUUCCUUUGGUACUGUUAAUCAUUCUAUAUACGGUGGUCCCAGCAUUUAAGUCUAAAUGAAAAAUCCCUUAGUGUUACCAUUCAGAUACUUUCUUGUGAUGCUGUUCAUGUCUUUGUACAAGGUGAUUCUUGGUUUUGAGUCAGUGGAUUGGAAAUUCUAAAGUGUGCCGCACCAUUCAUGAUGAAAGCUAUUGAACAGUACUUUCCUGUGGUACUGUUUAUUAUGCUUGACAAAUAUGGUGGUUCUCACUUUUGAAUCUGCGGAUAAGAUACUUAACUGUAACCAUUCAAAUGAAAGCUACUGAGCAGUACUUUCCUGUGGUACUGUUCAUUAUGCUGUACAAGCUUGUUCUGACUUUUGAGUCUGCCGAUAAGAUACUUAACUGUAACCAUUCAAAUGAAAGCUAUUGAGUAGUAUUUUGCUCAGGUGCUGUUUAUUAUGCUGUACAAGGUGGUUCUAACUUUUGAGUCUACCGAUAAGAUACUCAAAUGUAGCCAUUCAAAUGAAAGCUACUGAGUAGUAUUUUCUUCAGGUGCUGUUUAUCAUGCUGCACAAGGUGGUUCUUACUUUUUGAACCCCUAAAGUGUAACCAUUUUUAAUAAGUCCUCUUGCAGUACUUUCCUGUGUUAUUGUCUACUUCUAAUGCAUUCUAAAUUUCAAUUCUUUUCCUGAGAAAUCAUCUGGAAAGAAAGUUUGAAAUCUACCAGAAAAUGGCCAUGAAUUUCGAGGACUUUCGCUUUUAAAUUUCUUACGUGCCGGCAUAUUGAACUAUUAUGACGUUACGUUUUUGUAAGGAACAAUGGUCGCAGCCAGAUGACUAGUCAAAAGCAUUGUUUGUCGAAUUUAUUUCUGCCCUUUUACUUAAAUUUUAGCUAAGAUUUCCUUCAAUCAAAAAAUGACUCAAUUAAGUUGCAUUCCUUGUUCAAUAUUUUUUGAGAAUUUUUGGAUGAGGUUUCGAAUGUUUUUCAUGUAUAAAAAUUAGAGGGGGUGUUUAAAAGUUUGGAAAAUUUGGAAAUAAUAAAUUUGAGGGUUGUUAAAAAUGAAAAUAUGAAGAGAAUAAUUGCCAACGAGGCAACCGAGCUAAGAAGCGAGAUUGACUCGGCGGCAGAAUUAUAACGCUUCGAAAUGUAGGCAAAAACCCUCAAAUUCUGCGUAGCCCUCCAAAAUUUGCAUUUUUUCCAUAUUUGGGUGUAAGUAAGACCCCAUAUUUGGGUAGUGACGUCAUGGUCUUGUAUUUAAUUUACAACGCGUGGUCCGAAAUUGGAUGAUUCAGUGUGCAGCUCUUCGUUGUUUGUUCAAGAGGCCCUAACAGGUGAGAAAUCUUUAAUACGAUUUCUAAUUUGAGAGGGCUAUUUAAUAGUGCUCUGUUUUACUUUAUAAAUUGCGUUUAAAGCAGCAGCUGAUCAAGGAAUAGGGUUUUAUGCUCAAAUUUUUGUCAAAACCAGCUUGUUCUUUGCAGCUCCAUUUACAAUGAGGUAGCGUGUUCGCUUCUCGACUCAGAACCAGGGUUUUCCGUGUUCUCUUCCUUUCUGAAUCAAAUUUUAAGCGGUAGUUUAUCAAGGCAUAGAAGGUUUUAUUCUCAAAACUUAUCUCAGAACUAGCGUGUUCUUCGCAGGUCGAUUUACAUUGAGCCAGUCCUCACCUCCUGUGAGGAAUGCAACGUAUUUGCGGACCUUUUUUAGAAUUUAUUCAUGUCUUUAGAUUUUGUCAACCAGCAGGUUUUUUUUCUGCUCGAUUUACAUUUAUAUUGAGACAGCCCAAAACGCCCGGGAGGAAUACAACGAACUUGCCGUCCUUUUGUUCUGAAGACUAUCAUUAUGCCUUUCAAGAGAAUCUUUGUCCUGUGACACUCGCUCAUUAGAUGUUUGUAUUUUAUUCAAGUUUAUAUUUUUAUACCUCUGAUACAUUCCGCCCCAUUCUUGCGCUUUUCACACAUUUUACUUUGCACCAAUUUUUUCUUAUGUAUAUUACUACGCGAAAUAUUUUUCUUAUCCCUGAUGACGCUGUUGCUCGGAAUUUAAUUAUUAGUUUUAAAUUUCAGCAGUCAAAGGCCUCAUUUGAACUAUAUUUUUCUUUCUAACGUUUAUAGUUUUGAUACAAUGGAAUUUUCCAUGAAACAUAAGAGCUAACUUGCCCAUAUUUACCAACAAAGCUUCCAGCCAUGUUGUUAUUGUUUAAUAAAAGUGAAAGCCUAGAGUGUACCAAAGUUGUUGUUUUUCAGUUGGGUACCAUCCUUUUCUAUAGCGGAAUCCAUUUUAAACCUCUAAAAUUAUGAAAAAAAAAAACUUAUCGCGAAGAUCUGAAUAGGCACAUUCCACAAAAGAUAAACGAAUUCGCCUCGUUGGCACUUGCCGGAAGGUACCCUUAGUUGGUAGAUAAAUGCCAGAUAGCCCAUCACCACAACAAAUAUGUCCCUGAGCCGAUUAGCGGACCUCAUUCUCAGGUUCUUGCUCCAUAUCGACGGGUAGGAGGGAUCCCUUGGAGAAAGGUUGCUUAUUUCCUUUCCAAAUCAAUAUCAUUCGCCCCCCCACCCCCCCCCCCCCAAAAAAUCUGCCCUCUUACGAAAAAAAAGUUUACAUCAGUUGCUGUUUUUCCACCAGUUUCAAUCCAAAUGUGCUGGUGACGAUAGCUCUUGGUCUGAGUGCCAUAUGCAUCAUUGCCAUUCCGCUUAGCCGGAUCUUCGUCAUUUUGCUGUUUUUGGCGGGAAUAUUUGGAGGAUGUUUUGGAGCCACAGAUACGUUCACGACUGUUCAACUUAUACGUAUGUACGGCAAGCAGGUCAGAGCAUAAAACAAAUAAUGUAAUUUAAAGAAUUUGUUUGGGCUUACAAUUGUUAUGGUAAUCUUUUAAUCUAUAUUUUAGUGGGCCGGUUGUUCGAAGGCCGAUUAGGCCUAACCCGGCGGCGUGUGAAUUUUAAUCCGUUAUUCUCUUCUUUUUUUCAAAAGCAUUGACUCGGAUAAUUUCCUUAUCUUUUAAGAGCGUCUAAUCUUAAGAAUUAAACUGAAUUUGCUUUUUAAGCUUUUUCAGUCUGAAUUCAACGUUCGACCUGACCCUGCGUUACCUAAACCCAGCUUUGCGCAACCCUGCCCUGAAAGUGCCUACAUCCUAUUAACACUUUGUUUUUUCGCUUGCAGGUUUCCCCUUAUUUACAGGUAAGAUUGCACAAGAAAAAUAACACUAAUUAAACAAAAUACCAAUCAUAAACAGUGAUUCUGUCUAUCACACUAUUGACGUUCAUAAAAUCAAGGAUGGCGACGGCAGCGAAAACGUCGCUUGAAAAGUGAAUUCGCGUUUUUUCAAUCUUCAUCGCGAUUUUUCCAGUUCACCUACUUUAACAAAUGUAGCCGAAUUCUCCUGGAGUUAAAUUCCUAAGAACCAUAUCUAAGUUUAGAAAGCGAAAAAAAAAUUUCAUCGUGGCUUGUUUACGUCCUCCAUAAAAUGUUGCGUUAUAUUCUUGCAGCGACGGUAAAGAAAUGAAUAUAAAAGGUGCCCUGCACGUGCAAAGUUGGUGUCUUGCUGAUCAAACCUAUUGCAUUUUUGAUGUUCUCGUUGCCGUUACCGUCGCCGUCGUCGAAUCUUAGGUUCCUAGUAAUAGUCCAGUUUCGAGUUUCGAGUUCGCUAUGACCGCGUGAAGACGCAUUUUUUACAGGCUUAGCCUCCAUCUGAAGUUAUAUAUUCACAUAUUCCAACGAGAAGAAGACCUGUUUAUUACACUGUCUAUUGUGUAUGGUCAAAUUUCGAACACUUACUCGACAGAAUCUCUGAAUAUUUUACUUUACGUCGUAAGAAUGCGGCGUAAUUGUUUGUAUUCAGCGGUAAUUUUUAAUUCGAAACUUGACUAUUCAAUUCACUCUGGUUCCUAGGCUCUACACUUCUCUUACGGCGUGGGUGGUUUCGUGAGCCCGCUUAUAGCGCGGCCGUUCCUGCGUCGUAAAUGUGUAAUGGUGGUGAAUUAUACGACGAUCAUCGAUGAGUGGCCAUAUGCUAACUCCACUUCCGGUAUCGACAACUCCACCCAGAUAUACCACACCCAAGAAGAAAUGCAUCGCGAUACGCAUGUCAGAUGGGCUUACUGGAUUGUAGCACUGUUACAUGUGAGUAUCAAUGAAUUUAUUGGUAUUCUUGCUAAUGAAUCUAAUACACCCCGCUGCCAAAAGAGUCUUUCUUUCACUUCCUCAAAAUCGACGUACGCUAGAAAAAGACUCUCCAUGAAUUAAUGGAGUUAGAUCUUUUUGAGCAUACGCUGCAUAUUGCUAAGUUGCAGUUUCCAAUUCAGGCCUAGUAGCCGUGCGUUUUGUACAUUGGGCUCAGUUAUGAUAUCCAUCAAUAAAUGGACUAACUCGCUCCCGAAAUACCAGUUUGGCAAAAGAAAAUAGGACUGACCAGUUCAGGUGCGGCCCGCAACCUCAGUGGCUUGACGCGAGUCAUGCAGAGAAACCUUUACUCCUCCUCCUCCUCAGUCAGGAAGAAGACACGCCGUAGGAGACUCUGCUCGCAGGCUGAUUCUAAAAUUGGAAGCUGUAACUAUACAGGACUGACAACAUAGUAAAAGUUUGCAGUUUCGCACCAGAUAACUAUAAACGUCCCCUAAGGCUCCUUAUUGUGUACUUAAGUUAGUGUACUUCUGCAAAGUACGCCAGCCUGCGAAACUUGACGAGGCUCUUUACGCACUGAACUACUUUAAUCAAUUACUGAUCAACUACUGCAUUCACACCACACUCACACUGAUACAUUACGGCCCGUUACUAAAUCCCGUGACUACACUUUGACGUGUUUUACAGAAAUCUUUCUCACUUAAGAACAAACCUUAACCUACUCAGUUGGUAAAUCACAAAUAAAUAGUUUUAAGGAUUACACAUUUAGUGUUGAUUUGCCGAUAAAGUGGCUAAGAAAAGCUAAAUGCAACUCCCGUGAUCAACCCUCUACACUAGCAUUUAACCUUUCACGACGACAGAAUGGAAUUAUAGCGCGACCCAAAAGAAGUUAGGAAAAUGGUAUGGGAUGUAAAGAAAAACCAUAUUUUUCCUACAAUAAUUAAAUAAGAUCGUGAAACUGGUAAUGAAAAACUCGUAGACAUAAUAAAAUUAGUACGUAGAUAAAUACAUGGAUAGAUAGACAAAAACAAAGACAAAUUGUGGAUUCGCUUUUUUUCCAGCUUCCAGUAAUAUUUGGGUUGUUAUGGCUAAUGUUUACACGUAAAUUGGCCAAAAUCACAGGGACCCUUAAGAAAUACGAGUAUGAAAUGUACGAUGAGCAGAGGCUUAACAACCCUGGUAAGUUAACACCUUUAUUUAGCAUUAAUGUUAUUAUCAUCAUUAUUGUCUCAGUACUGUCAUAAACAUUGCUACCAUCAUUAUCAUCAUCAUUAUGACCACCAUAUUCGUCGACAUCACCAUAACCAUUACCACUACCAUCAAUAUGCAUUAGUAUGCUAAAUCUUAAUUCUGUCAGGUUUUCUGAUUUCUCGUCCAAAAAGAAAUUGCAUCUAAGCUGGGCGUUUUUCAUCGCUAGCUGUAGUGCGUUACAAAAUUUUUCCAAAAAUCUGGAAGAACUGUACAAGAACUGUUCUUAGAAUAGUGAUCGCGCCCUUGGGUAAGGCUCCUUUAUGCCUAAAAUGUGCACAAUUCCACAAUUGGUUUCGCACUUCAUUUAACACUGUUCCAAUAGACCUUUUUACCAUUACGGUCUCCAUAUUGAUAUAAGUUAGAUUUAAGAAGUAUUAUGGGAUGCCUAGGGAGCAUAAGCACAUUCCGUUUAGUAUUUACGAGCGCCUUUCGGGACCUUUUUUUCUUGAAGUCUUAGAAUUAGAUUGUAAUGGGAAAACUGAUCCUUGUGCCGUGUUAGGAUCUAAUAGUGAUCGCCUUUUCCUGUGAAAGACCAUAUUUCUAAUACUAAGCGAGUACAUAGGGAACCCACGCUCUUAUUUGUAAACUGCAAAUGGAAAUUAAAUAAGAGAUAAAGUCUUACCUGCUUUGUUUUAUUCUUGAAUCUGCUGUGGUGCAAAGUGAAGUGGAAGUUGUUUUACGAUGCGAAAACUACUCCAUGUUCAAGUCGACGCUUUAACCGUUGUUGAUUUUCACAAUGGUUUAUGUGGUCACGCGCCGGUUGUUUUUAUCGUCUCGCGUUUCAUCGUUGGUUAUUGAUUUAUUAACAAUAUUUGAAUUAACGUUAAUAAAUAAUGACAAGGGUCGAAACUCGAUAGCUGCUCUCGUGCAAUCGGUGCCUCCAGUAGCCUCCCCCGCAGGCGUUUUUAGGGGAGAUCGUAUUUCUUCCCUCCCCACAAAUUUCCGUUGAGCAGGCGCCUCCAGUUGACUGGACCAGUCAGGGGCACCCAACGACAAAUUUUGGAAAAUAUCUGUUGGGAAGACAAUUUGAGAACUAGAAUUUUCGGAAAAAUUGUUGUAAAAUUUCUUGCUUGCCUGCCUCUUCUAGGAUUUUCGAACAUCUAAUUGCUCAUUUUAAACGGAUUUUUACCCUACAAAGGUCACCUAGAAUUUUCGGGAGCCUUUAUUCCGGAUGAAAUUUUCGAAAAGGUAAGUUUUGAUCCCUAUAAUUUUCGCAUCACUAGACUUUCAGCUAGGAAAUCCGAACAGAUGAAAAAUUUUUAGGAGAUAAAAAUAUGCCUAUAUAUACCGUUUAAAUACUAAAAUACGUUCAAGAAUGCUAUGUUUAAGUAGUUUUGAACUAUAUUCUCGUUGGGUGCCCCUGACCAGUUUACAACGCAGUGCCGGCUGCGCGAGGUAGCAUUCCACGAUGGGCAGUAUCAGGACGUAUAUGUAAUCAAAUUUUAAACAAUCUUAGAACCAAGCAGAAAAGCUCAAGAAACUUUCAGACGUGAAACGCAAAGUUAACUUCCGGUCCAGUCAAGUGGAGGCAUUCAUAAAUCGAAAAGUCAGUAAUCAAUGUCUUGUCUUUUUGAAUACCAAGAUUUUUAUUUUGGAUAGAAAGAAGUGACCCACCGUACAUUUUAUCCCUUAAACUGUUGUUGGAAUGAAUUUCGUGCAAAAACCGCUGGUAAUACUUGAGUACGGCUUGAAAAUAAAUCGGUCCUCAAAUUAAUUUCAUCCCUUGUCCCCAGUUUCUCUUACUCUCUCUUGAAUUGUUAAUAAAUUAAUAACCAACAAUGAAACGCGAGACGAUAAUAACAAUCGCCUCGUGACACUAUCAAUGAAAUGAGACUAAACCACACAAAGCUUUGUGAAAUCAACAAAGGUUAAAGCGUCGAAUUGAACAUAGCCCUCUCAUCUUAAUUUAACUUCCAUUUCACUUCGCACAACAGAAGAUUCAAGAAUAGAACAAAACAGGUAAGAUUUUCUCUCUUAUUUAAUUUCACUUUGCAGUCAAAUAAGAGGGUGGGUUCCCUAUGCGAGUACAACGGAUCGUGCUCAUGCCCCCUGAGCAUCCCAUGAUACUCCUUGAAUAGAAUUAAUUCAACAUGGCCGCCGUAUCGGUAGAAAGGUCUAUUGUACAACAUUUUAUGAACCAGCCAACAUAACCUGACACUGUACUCUAAUAAGAUGCAUUUUGUAUCUUUAUGUACAGUGUAGUCUUCUAUUGUAUUUCACUGGACUCUCAAUACGUUCUAAAACUUUUUCAGGCUAUAACCACCACAUGGUCACAUUAUAUCUCAAUGGCAAGCAACCCUGGCUAAAAAUUUUUGGAGAUGAUCAGAAACCGAGAGUUGUCGUAGUCACAGUCUUGACGUCGCUGAUUCUACUUUUGUACGACGGGCUAAUGGUAUAGUAAAUAUGACCCACUAACAAGUGUAUAGUGCUGACAAAUACUGAAUAUUAUAUUGCCUCCGAAAAUUGCACCGAAAGUUGCCCUUUUAAGCAAGUGGAAUCAUUUUCUGGUCACCAUACCUGGUCAAAAACCCAAACACUUUGUUUGGUCUUCUUCUUUUUCUUUUAUUCUCUCCAUUUUUUCUUUUGUCUGACAUUUACUUGGAUUAGGGAAAUGCUAGACGGAGAAAAAGGUAAUGGGUUAGUUACCAUUAUGACCUUUCCAAACUACACUUUCAAAGGAAGUAGGUUGGAAGUAUCGCUCCAUGUAAGGGAAUCGGGGAAAUUUUUGCUUAUGGAAACCGGAAUCCAGGAAAAAUUGGAAUGUGGAAUCUGAAAUCCUGGGCUUUGGAAUCCUGAAUACAGCUCAAGGAAUCCGGAAUCCUACUAACGAUUGGAAUCCAGAAUCUAAGUUCUACUGACAAAUACUGGAAUUAAAUGCCUGGAAUCCGGAAUCCACGGCGUGGAAUCCAUAAUCCAGGACUAGUGGAUUACCCUAGAAGGGGCGAGAAGUAGGGUGGAAAUUGCAUAUUAACCAAGAAAACAUCAUGAAACUAUUUAUUGAGAACUCUCAAAAGGGUGCAUAAAACACUACUGAUUUAAGGUUGGAAUUGUCUCUUCUGUCCUAGGCGACGUUUGGCGCAUAUGUUUACUCGUACGCUGUUAAAGGAGCUGUUCAUAUCAAGCCCAGUCACGCAGCUUAUCUCAACUCUCUCUUUUGGGUGAGUGUUACGUCACGCAACUUCAUGUCACACAAUAAUAUGAAACCCAAUUAAAAAGGUGAACAUCAGUAGGUAACAUUGAACUGUUAUCUUAAUGGGAGUGAAGUCACAAUUAUAUGUUCCUCCUGCAUACCCAUGUGUUGCCCCUGUUUUUAUUUGGGAGCUUGUGGCACCCAGUCUGAAAAUGAGUAGCGUCUCCUCUGUGCAGAAAAAAGACAAAAUGGCGGACGGAUCACUGUUCCCGUCCCUCCUACGAUGGAGCACCUUUUUUUAAUUUGUCAGUAACUGACAUGCCAUGUUAAGCAAAUUAAAUAUCACACAUUGGAGACCUUUAGAUUCUAAGACGAGUACGACAACGAGUACGAGAUUUUCUCAACAGUAGUGCUUGCGCGUGAACCAAGCCGCGUGAACUAGCGUCAUUUUGGCGGGAAAACGUGGUAGCCGUCGUCACUCUACUUCGAGUCUUAGCGCGAAUGUCAAAGUGACGCAAACAAGUUAUCAAAUGUUAGAAGUUUGAUCGUUUUGCGAUCGGGAGAGGGUGUAACCUCCUUUACUACAGAUAACAGUGCUAACUUUUCCAGUUAAAAAUGGUGAAAUGAAGCUUUCCGCGGAGUCUAUAUUUUGAGAAGACGCGAAAAAACUUGAAGUCAAAUCUCGAACUCGUAGUCGUUCUCGUCCCUGAAUCUAAAGGUCUCUAAUGAUAUAGAAAGGCUAACUGACAUGAACAGAUUUUAACCACGUUAAUAAGCGGAGAACACUCACUGACAGGCAACUUGACCCUGUGCACCGCGAGACGUUUAACUAUUUCGCAGUGCCCUCUCUUUCACUCUUGACAUGUCGCCCCACUUAAGGCAGUCCCAGACUAUCUUGGAUUCUGGAAUUCACUCUGUGGAUUCUGAAUCCCAAAUACUGGCUUACGGAUUCCUUGUCAGUGGAACUUGCAUUCUGGAUUCCAAACGUUAACGGGAUAAUGGAUUCCUUGAGCUGAAUUCCAGAUUCCAAAAAAUCAAUCCGGAAACCGAAUUGCCAUGAAAGAGGUCAGGCAUUCUGAUGCAUAUGAUUGUAAAUACUUAUAAAUCAUACAUUAAUUAUGAAAUCUCAUUUGUAUAUAAUAAUCUAUUGUUUCAGGGCUCUCUUUCAGUUGGUCGGUUUGUUUCCAUACCAAUAGCGAUGUAUGUCAAACCUCCAACCAUGCUGAUGAUUAACUUGGUAACAUCAUCAAAUGUGUUUCUUUUAAACAAACUAUUGAAACCCUAAUAGCAUCAGAGAGAGGCUCCUCGGAGUAUUCCAAUUUACAAUCACUUAAAUUACUGAGUUGCGACAAUUUAUUCUGAAUAACGUUUGGAAGAACAGUUGCUUUCAUUUAAAUUAUCACACUUUAGGAUUUCAUCCACAAACUCAUCAGUUAGAACCACCUUGUACAGCAUAAUAAACAGUACCACAGGAGAGUACUGCUCAGUAGCUUUCAUUUGAAUGGUCACACUUUAGGAUUUCAUCCACAAACUCAUCAGUUAGAGCCACCUUGUGCAGCAUAAUAAACAGUACAACAGGAGUGUACUGCUCAGGAGCUUUCAUUUGAAUGGUCACACACUUCAGCAUUUCAUCCACAGACUCAAAAGUUAGAACCACCUUUUACAGCAUAAUAAACAGUACCACAGGAAAGUACUGCUCAGUAGCUUUCGUUUGAAUGGUCAGACUUUAGGAUUUCAUCCACAAACUCAUCAGUUAGAGCCACCUUGUACAGCAUAAUAAACAGUACAACAUGAGGGUACUGCUCAGGAGCUUUCAUUUGAAUGGUCACACACUUCAGCAUUUCAUCCACAGACUCAAAAGUUAGAACCACCUUGUACAGCAUAAUAAACAGUACCACACGAAAGUACUGCUCAGUAGCUUUCGUUUGAAUGGUCACACUUUAGGAUUUCAUCCACAGACUCGAAAGUUAGAACCACCUUGUACAGCAUAAUAAACAGUACCACAGGAAAGUACUGCUGAGUAGCUUUCGUUUGAAUGGUCACACUUUAGGAUUUCAUCCACAGACUCAAAAGUCAGAGUAACUUUUUACAGCAUAUUAAACAGUGUAGUACCAGUACGGGGAAAGUACUGCUCUGAAUAGCUUUCACUUAUAUGGGUAUACUUUGGAUUUCAUCCACUCACAUCAAAAAAGGACUAAACAGUUAGAACAACAUUCAUUGUCUCAAUAAACGGCACCAGAGGAACGUUUUGCUCAGUGGCUUUCAUUUGAAUAGUGGUAAUUAAGAAUUUCAUUUGUGCUUUGGUUCCAACCACCUUGUAUGACAUAAUAAACGUAACACGGGUCACUGAGUACUUCUCAGUAGCUAUCAUUUGAAUGGUCACGCGUACUUUAGGAUUUCAUCCAUACACUCAGAAGUUAAAACCACCUUGUAUAGCAUGAAAAGAUGAGAUUUCAUUCAUAGACUAAUUCGAGACACUUAAAGCUAACGUUCUAAAAAAACACCCAUGCAGCUCCUCUUGACCUCCAUCUACUAUUGACUCGUAUUUAUUGUGUUAGUAGUAAACACAACCACUGUUUAUUUGAAUUUGCGCAAUCACGUUCUUUUCCAGAUCGGCUGCCUUUCAGCGACUCUUUUCAUGUUGAUUUUCGAAGAAAGUGAGCCAGCGUUAGGUUGGGAACCAGCGGUGCCGGUUUAUUUAUGAGCAGUGUCUUCCCAACAAGCAUUGCCCUCGCAGAAUAUUACAUAGACCUAACAGGUAACUAUCAUUAUCAUGCUAAAUGUUACAGUCGACACUAAGCGAUCAGUGUAGUCGCAAACAGCAGUACGCUAAUGAGUAAAGGAGGAAGCCUGCCACCACACUCAGUCUUUCCUCUUCUUUCAAGUCGAGCUUCCUUAUAAUUAGGGACUUUAAGAUCCAACGACGCGACGGCGACAAGAACGUCGCUUAAAAAGUGAAUUUGCGUUCUUUCAGUCCCUAUAGUGAUUAUUCCUACCCACUUGCUUUGUCAAUUGUAGGCGAACCCUCCUGAAGCUGAAUUUCAAGAGAGCAUAUUCAAGCUCAGAAAGAGAAAUAAAUUUUCGUCGUUGCUUGUUUACGUCCUCCAUAAAACGGGAAAUUAGGCAUUUUCACGUCGUAGUCGUGCAAAAACGGGAAAGAAAUGUACAAAAAAUUGUGAUGCACGUGCGAAGUUGUUGUUUUGCUAACUAAACCCAUUGUUUUUUUGACGUUCUUGUUGUCGUCCGCGUCGUUGGAUCUUAAAGUCCCUAUUGUCAGGAUCAUCGCGAUCGUCGGAGUCCUUUCAAAAUAAGUUCAGGCGCUUGAGUCGAUUAUGCCUCUGUCGCAGUCAAGCAAGAUCCGGACCAAUUGGCUGAUCACAUGGACCUUUUUCAAAAAUACCAUAAUACUUUUUGCUGUCUCUCCAAAAUUUUGCAUAAGCAUUGUUUUCAGAAGAGAAAUUGAAAACAAUGCUAAUGCAAAAAUUUUGGAGGGACAGCAAAGAGUAUUACGGUAUUUUUGGAAAAAGGCCUAUUCCCCUGCACAGAUCUGAAGUCUAUAUAGAGGUUUCCAUAUAACUGCCCAAAUUUCCUCGAUUGCCACGAUCGUUUCAAAGAAUCGAGGUGACUGAGACGAUGCGGACGAUUAUAUAAAAUACUAGCUUGUAGCGGCAAACGUCGCUAAGACAUUUUAGAAAUUUAGUAUCAUGAUAUUUUUUGAGUUUUUGUCUGUUCUAAUCCUUGUUAAUCUCGUUAUAUAUUCGUCCCAAUCCAUCACCAGCUCCUCUUUCGAUAUUUUUAAUUUAUCAAAGUAAUAUUUUGAGGCCUCCUCUGAUCAGAUAAUUGUGUAUGCCGUCAAAAUAUAGUGACUCAGUGAAACCUCCUGACAGUUCUCUUUCAAUGAGGAAAGAAUCACGAGAGAGUUAUAUUAGAAAUAAUUAUGCUAACAUUCUCAGACCACCUUGCCUCUUAGUUGUCUUUUCACACCUGCUCUAAUGUAAUUUCCGUUUGUCUCUCCGUAUUCGACAUCGAAAAUGAUUAAAGAAAUUUACUAAAAAUAGUAUGUAAAAAAAUUGUGUUUGCGUUUCAGCCCCUGUGACAAGUGUUAUGAUUGUCAGUGCAGCUCUGGGUGAAUUAAUACUGCCUUUAGUAGUUGGACAGGUAGGUAAUUCCGUUGGCGACAAGAAGAUAUUGAGUAGAUAAUAAGUAGAUACUAACCCCCAACCUCGUUCCCAGGGUUCUCUCCUACCCGCCCUACGGAGCGAGAGACAACCGUAGGGCGGGUAGGAGAGAACCCUGGGAACGAGGUUGACUAACCCCUCAACCGCUUGUAUCAUUAGAUUUUUUGGUUCGUUUUCAAAAAAGUACGCAUCCAUAAGAAUCGUAAGUCAAGUCGUUUUUGCCCAUCCAGACGAAAACGCUAAAACGAUACAAAGAGGAAAGCGUCCUUUACAGAGCUUGCGUCAUAUUCGAGCAAAAAAAAAUACCUCUGUUUCUAAAAACUGAUAUCCGUAUACGUGUGGACGGGGCCUAAGUAUUUGGAAAAUAUUAUUGCGGUCGACAAGAGGAGCCCGCAAUCGUAAUCUCCAGGGGUUGCUAUUACGCAUGCUCCACACGGUUUCCGUAGCCAGCCUCGUUUGGAGUUCCUUUAAGAAUGAAUGGAAUGCAUCGAAGACAAUCUGUGAUCACGCUCGUUCGGACCUUCUGUCACUUGUAAUUUAAUCACGCGUGUUUUGAUCAUCUAUCACGUGAAACUUAAUCAAAGCACAGCGUCUGAGCCAAAUGGUUUUGACCUUCGAUCGUUGUCUCCGCACUCCGUAACCUUUGGUUAUUACUAGUUGUAAAUAGAUAGUGAAAAUAGGAUUAGUACAUGGUAAGUUAAUGGCAAACUGAUGAAAAAUGAAAUGCCGAGUAUAAACAGACGGAAAGUGAAAAAUAAAAGGGAAAUUGCUCAUAUAUUGAUAAGAAAUAUAAAAGGUAAGCAGAAAAAUUGAUGAACAGCUGUGAAAUAAUGAAUAGUACUUCAAUGGCAGGUUUUCGUUAAUUACCAGACGAUACAUUUUCGUAGGUUUUUGAAAGACUUGGUCCUGUUAGUUUUCUGGCGAUCGCCUUCUGCGCAUGUUUUAUGGCCUUAAUGAUCUUCAUUCUUUUGAGGUCAGCGGAGAGAUCAGAGACAGGUAAGCUUCUCACGUUUUCUUAGUUAACGCAUUUAUCGAAUGGAUUUGGUUAUCGCGUUCAACACUUGUCCUCAGUGGUCGGGGGAGGUGGAGGGGGUGGGGGAAGGGAAAGGCUACUAGCAAAGUUCAAUACUGGCAAGCUCCGCCCCGAGGUUCAACCCCCUCCACUAACGGCCACCUUUCUAUAACGACCACCUUUUUUCGUCCCGGCGGACAAAAGAUCCAUACAUUGACUCUUGUUUAAAACCUCUCUAUAAUGGCCACCUCUUUACAACGCCCACUUUCUUCUGUCCCCAAGGUGACCGUUGUAGAGAGAUUUAGGGCCUGUUUCAUGGAGGUGGGGGACCCCAGGUAGGUGAGGUAACCCGCUCAGGUGAGGUAACCCGUCUGUUCAUAUAACCUCUCAUUUUAAUUUGAUCACGUUUACAUGGUAGGUGGGGUGACCCGCCACAUGUGACCUCACCUAUCUGGGGUCCACCACCUCCAUGUAAACAGGCCCUUAACUGUAUAGCAUUUUUGACAGAAAACGUGUCUCUUUCUUUUACCUUCUGCUGACAAGUGGUACCCCUUCCUCAUACCUGUGAAGAACGUGGCAUCCCUUUUAACUGCUGUAAAUGUACCGUCUUUUAAAUAUGAAUAAAUGACUAAACCAUGAAGUGUUCUUGCCAUUUUCACAGCCAAAAAUGCAUCUGUUAGCUCUUUUAGGUCCUUUUGCAGAGUUCAAUGAUAGAUUUAUCUAACCUUUUUUUAGUAAAAGCCAACUAGUGGUCUAUUAUCAAUGCUGUGUUUUGAUUGUUUGAGCUACUACUAGGCUAUAUGUUAUAGCCCACUAUUAGCGAAAAGCGCCGGCUUUGAAAACCAAAACAAUGGCGGCUGAAUCGCGUUUUGCCAGCUAAAGUUGUUUUGUCUCGAUAUUUUUGACCAACUAGUUGGAUUUUACCAAAACAAUUUUUCCUCCCGCCCUCUUGGCCUCUGAAUCAAUAACCCAUUCGGCCUUUGGCAUCAUGGGCUAUUGACUCAGAGCCCAUUCGGGCGCGACGAAUAAUUGUUAAAUAUACUACAUCUAGUAAGAUUCCCACCCUUUCAUUUACCUGAAGCCUGGAAAAGGUACCCCAUUAACAAAAGGGAACCUCUCCUUAUAGGCCAUUUAAGGAGUAACCCCCCCGGGUCUUUGUUCCAUUUUUUCAAAGUGCACAUUGAUUUGGGUUGUUUUGUCACCCUUGUUCCUAUCACUGGGUCAUGUCGGUCGCGCAAAGCAUUUCGCAUUUGAUACAACUGACCGGGACGUAUUUCUUUACACAGUUUUCUUAAUUAGCAUUUUGUAAUAGACAUUAAGAGUUCCGUUUCUUUCUUAACAGAUUGGCUUGGAUUUUUCUGGUUUGUUUGGUGUGGAAAUCCACCGAGCUCUGCCAAUCAACCCACGUUUGAUCAGAACCAAAACCCCGACCCCUCCCCUACAGUGGAAACUGGUAAAAGCCCUCCGAUUGAGACAGUGGAACUAAACAUCCAAGGAUAGCAUCCAUAAGUCUUAGGAAACCUGUUGGGUCAAUAGACCUCUUUAGCUUGUUUGUUUUGUUUUCCUAAUGUAUGAGGUGGCGGAUCCAGGUGAGCCCCCUUAUUUUUAGACCAAACUGAGGCCCGAAGGGCCGAAAAAUUUUUUUUGGAGACCGGCCGCCCCUCCCCCCUUAUGUAAGAGUCUGGAUGACCGUCCCCCCCCUCUUAUCUCAAGGUCUGGAUCGGGCACUGGUAUGUCAUGUCAUAAUUCCAUAGAGAACUGUUUCAUUUAAAUUUUAGACAUCCCUUGCAUAUGUACGCAUAAUUUAUGAAAAGACAGGAGGAAAACUGCACCCCUGAGACCAUGACUUAUUGGGAAAUCAAAACAUACAAGCUAAAGAGGUCUAUUUAACCAAAAAGAUAAAGGAUUUUUUUUUAAAAGCGAAUUUCUUGUUUGGGAUUUGUUGAGCGCUCUUUUUUAUUUUUACUUCGAUCAAAACCCAAUUGUCAGCUGCAAUCA